AUGCGCUUAAUCGACUAUAGUCCUAACUUUUCCCGCGUGGUUUUGAAAUGCAUUAUUAUGAAGCUGAUCGUUAGCUUGUAUUUUUGGAUAUACGAUUCUCGUAGCCGCUACGAAAAAGAACCUUUUAGCUGGCCUGCGAUGAACGUGUUUUUACCGGAUAUUUGGACAGAGUUAUUUUUGCUGGUGGUGCUUUAUUACAUACGUUCAACGCUAGUCGUGAUUGUGACUCAUCUGGUUUGUCGGGCUUUUGAUUUUCCCAUAAUGGAGGAGCGGAUGCCGGGCAAAGAGCCUGAUCGCGUGAAACUUACGUUGACGGAUGCUCUUCAAGCGAACCACAUCAAACUGCUCAAAUACUUGGCGUUCUGCGACCUCCUUGACAAAGUGAAACAUUCUGUGAUUGCCAAACCGUGCCGUGUUAUUCCUACUCAUUGUGCAGGUGGGCAUCCUUACGUGUGGAACAUCGUAUCUCGCUGUUGUAUUGAAUGUCUGCAAAAUCUGAUCACGAAUAUCGAACAGUCGAACGACGAGAUGAUCAGUUUUUGGGAGAGGAAGUGUCAUCACAGAGAAAACUUUGACAAACUUUUGUUACCAGGCUAUAUGCAUGGCUUGAAUCUCCACUCGACUACUGUGAAGGAACCACUUGAAUCAACUUCCAACAAACCUACUAAGGCAUCGAUGCAGUACAACAUCUCCAUCUGGGAGGAUUGGAUUUUACAGACAUGGAAUAUUGAAAUCUUGGGAGUACUUCUUUCCACUGCGUACGUUGAAGACAAAUACGGGCUGGUACAGAAGGAUUUGAACUACAUUAUUACGAUGAUGUUGAAUUUACAUUCGUUGCUCAACCGGCACUGUCGUCUUUCGGGUGUGGUUUUUAUGGACUCUUCUCACAAGCGACUGUUUGAGACCAUUUGUUCCAGACUCAGGACACAGUUGGAAGCUAGUCUAACCAUCAUUCGUAACACCUACGGCACGGAUGUCAGGGAAAUAGGGCUUGACGAAAGCAAGGAGCAGUUGUUAUUGAAACUGUCGUGCUUAAGAACCCAUAUACUGACGGAGUCUGGUUAG